CCAGAUGCCCCCCUCCUCCCGCACCCCCGGCCCGCUCCGAGUCUCGCGAUAACUUUGUGGGCUAUAAAAGCUGCGCCCCGCGCGCGUCUCGGGCGUCGUCUUCCUUCCUUUGCGUAGCUGUUUCUUUCUCUGAGACCUGUGACUCGGCCCUGCUGAUAGCAAGAUGUCUUCAGGAAAUGCAAAAAUUGGGCAUCCUGCCCCCAACUUCAAAGCCACAGCCGUUAUGCCAGAUGGCCAAUUCAAAGAUAUCAGCCUAAGUGAUUACAAAGGAAAAUAUGUCGUAUUCUUCUUUUACCCUCUGGAUUUUACUUUUGUGUGCCCCACUGAGAUCAUUGCUUUCAGUGAUAGGGCAGAAGAAUUUAAGAAACUGAACUGCCAAGUGAUUGGAGCUUCUGUGGAUUCUCACUUCUGUCAUCUGGCAUGGGUUAAUACACCCAAGAAACAAGGAGGAUUGGGACCUAUGAACAUUCCUUUGGUAUCAGAUCCCAAGCGCAGUAUUGCUCAGGAUUAUGGAGUCUUAAAGGCUGAUGAAGGUAUCUCUUUCAGGGGCCUCUUUAUUAUUGAUGAUAAAGGUAUCCUUCGACAGAUCACUGUAAAUGAUCUUCCUGUUGGCCGCUCUGUGGACGAGACUCUGAGACUAGUUCAGGCCUUCCAGUUCACUGACAAACAUGGUGAAGUGUGCCCAGCCGGCUGGAAACCUGGCAGUGAUACCAUCAAGCCUGAUGUCCAAAAGAGCAAAGAAUAUUUCUCUAAGCAGAAGUGAGCACUGAACCAUUUUUCUGCCAGACUCCAUUGGGCAGCCAGAAGAAAAUCUCUUGUACUCUAUUCAUGCUUAAAAACAAAACUUGGUGUCAUCCAAGACAUGCCUUUCCUACAGUGCUGGGGGUGGGGGUUGGCCUUUCUUCCACUGUUGGGAAUGGCCUGAGCUGUGUUGUGGGUAGACUAUAUGAUAUACCUGUUGCAGAAAUCAGCCUGUUCUUUUUGUAGUAUCUAUUAAACUUGAAAAUGUGAGGACGUGGUGAGCUUCAUUUAAGAGGAAUUUAUUUUUUUUUUAUGUGUAGGUGAACAUACAUGUGUGUGAGAAUAUGGAAGCCAAAGGUUGCUGUUUAACUUGGGAUUUAUUUUUUUUCUCUCUCUCUCUCUCUUUUUUGUUUGUUUGUUUGUUUUUCCAAGAAGGGUUUCUCUGUGUAACAGUCCUAGCUGUCCUGGAACUAGCUCGAACCCAUAGAGAUCCACCUACAUCUCUCUCCAGAGUGCUGUAAUUAAAGGCCUUGUGGUUCCACCGGC